AAGCUGGUCGCCUGUGUGAAUGAAGAGUUUUGCUUUGAUGAUGGAAUCAUUCACAACUCCAUGCCACUCGGGUUUCAACAACCGUUGAUCUUCAACUCACUCUUUUGGAUCUUUGUCAUCGACAGCUUGCCACCAUCCAAAUCGCUGAUUAUCGGUAGCUCUAACUAGAGGUCACAUACUUUCGUCAUUGAAUAUUGGGACGAUAAGACCACCAUGAUACUGCAACGGCACUCGGCUAUGAGAAGGAUCUGCUGCAAAAGAUCCAGACCUCCUUGGGGACGAACUGUUCGGCCUCCUUCUAGUUUUGCAUCUGUUUGGAUGGGUAGCAACGAUAUCUACCAUCCAUCGUCUUUUUCAGGCCAUGAUUAUCGCUAUGCUUCUUCUUCGUCAUCUCAGAUUAAUAUCAGUGGAUUUUCCCGCAAUGACAGUUUGGACGAUGCCUUGGCCGCUCUUCCCGACGAUGGUCAAUUGCAGUUUGACUUUUUUGGAGAACCAGUCACCUUUUGUGGUGUCGUGGGACAAAGAGAUAAUACCAUGAAUGCCAUGGCGGCAAUGGAUGGAUUCCUACUGGCCAUUGCCACCAAAGGAAAAACAUGUACAGGAGGUGGUGGAGAACAAGGAUUGGAAAUGAAAGCUGCUCAUGCUGCCGCCAUUGCGCAUGCUGAACUCUUAAGACAUGCCAAAGUGUGGAAUGGUAGUACAGAAGAUGAAGAAGAAUUGACUAAUGUCGAGAAGGAGGAUAAUGGUGAAGGAGAAUCACAAUCAGAAGAACAAACCACCAACAAUUCACAAAACAAAUCAAACGCUAACACCACAAACAAUUCACAAAAAUUUGCACCCAUGUUAGUGGUGGCGGCUGUGGCUCCCGUCCUGGCCCAAACUGGCAGGGGAUACAUUCAUUUUCUCGACAAACUACUCCAGCAUGGAGAUUCUCUGGUGCCUGGAAUGGGACCUUUGCAAAUGAUGCCCUUGAUCGAAACCGCGAUCCAGCGAAAAGAUGACCCCGCAUUGAACGAACGAGAACAACAACACAUUCUCGCCAUGGAACAAAUGAUGCAAUACGACUAUUCAACCGCAUUGAUGACCUACAUGAAAAUACUCCAGACUUGUCCGGGUGAUGUCUUGGCAUUGAGUCUGACCAUGGAUCUCGCAUACAUGUUGGGCGACAAGGCAAUGGCGUUGAGAGCAGCAACGUCGGUGUCGUCCUAUUGGAACGAACGACGGGGUGGUAUUAUUCAGGCUGCCAUUCCGGGAUAUAACAUUGCCUGUUCCUGGCAAGCGGUAGGAUUUGCCGUGGGGGGACGACGUGAAGAAGCCGAACAAAUUGCCGAACGAAAUCUAGCCAAAGACACACAAAACACCGGGGCCGUCACGACAUGGGCACUGGCUCAUGUCUUUGAUGCCGAAGGACGCGUCGCCGAAGGAAUAUCCUAUCUUGCCAAUUUCGAUGGGACUCGCAAUUAUGAAGGAUGUGGACUCUUAUUCUUUGAUUGUAGACUGACUGGAUACGGGGCAUUGUAUUCCAUUGAUCGAGAACAACGAGGGAGAGGGCGAAGUUCCGCCCUUCGAUUGUACGAUGCCAACUUUGAACGAGUCUUUGAGUACAGUGGAUUCUCUCAGGGAAGGGCUUGGACUCGACCGUUACGAAAAGCACCCAUUGCCUGGGUACAACGCGACAAUGAUGGAGAAGGCAGUUCAGCAGCCAAGUUUUUGAAAAACUUGUUGGGCGCUGGAAGCAAAACCGAGGAUUUGAGUGAAACACAGAUUGUUGUGCGAGAAACUCUACCUCCGUCAUUGGAAAUUGAUUCGUUCGACCCCUCUUGCGAAGAUGUGCUGACAUGGUUACCACCAACCCCCCCUUUGUUGACAGAAGCUACGCUACUCAUGUUCCGACUCACACUUGGAGGAACUGUAUCUACCAAAGACAUGAGAUGGGAUUCACUAAGAAACUCGUGGAGAACCUUGUUGGACCUACAAAAAGAUGAAUUUGGUAACCCUGUCUCACUGGAACACUUCCCACUUGCCUGUCUCGCAGCGUCCAUCUUGCUGCCCGUGGAAGACACUGGAGGCGACAAACUUGGCAACGGUAGAAUGGCGAGGGGUUUGUACAUGCUAGGUGAAAUGUUGGAUAUUGGAAACAUGGCCGCACCUGACGACGAAGACGCACCGAAAGAUAUCCAGGUGAUUGCAGAAUUGGAGCCCAAUUUCUGGCUUCCUGCCGAGGACAGUCUACGCGAGGAGUGGAAAGAAAUUGUAGAUCAUUUGGCUGCUGGAGUCGAUGGCAUUGGUGCAGACGACAAAGUGUAUCGUGGACUCCGAUUUGAUCAUUGGGAUUUUGAGUCGAGACCGGUCGUGGAACAUGCCAUUUGUUACGCUGCCUGUAGAUCUGGGGACACUGACAGCCUUGCCUUUGCGCGAUGCAUCAGCAGCCAUGGUGUUUCCUUGAGGAAGAAUUCUCCCGAAGAAUGGUGGAGAUACAGCAUCAUCCUCGGGUUGCUAGGAGAUCAAGUGGCGUCCGAAAAUGCAUUGGCUGUUGCAGUCAACAUCGGUUCUGGACAAGGCCAGCGAGACUGAGAUGGCGUGGAAGAUAGAUGUAGAAAAACAAUCAACUUUACGGCGGAGACGACAUUGUACAAACCAUUGCUGCGCAUCUAGAUAGAAUUGAAGCUCCUGUCGUGAUGAUACUUGCUAGUAGGAAGACAAGUGUUGUUUUUCUAACCAUAACGAAAUAGAGAAUCCCGUCGUUCCCCAGA